AACAACAAUCCUUUCUGCUUCCUCAUUCCCACAGGCGACUCCUCGUCCUUCUUCCAGGAAAAUAGCUAUUGGCAGCAAUUCCUUACCAUCUGGAGCAGAUAUGGGUAAGAAAAAAGUGUGCUACUACUAUGAUCCAGAGAUUGGAAAUUACUACUAUGAGCAAGGUCACCCAAUGAAGCCACAUAGGAUGCGGAUGACUCAUGCUCUCCUCGCACAAUAUGGACUACUACAACAUAUGACUGUAUUGAAGCCUAGUCCCGCUCAAGAAAAGGAUCUGUGCAAGUUUCAUGCUGAAGAUUAUGUCUCGUUCUUGAGAAGAAUCACGCCAGAUAAUCAGCAGGAUCACCUGAGACAGCUUAAGAGAUUUAAUGUUGGUGAUGAUUGCCCUGUUUUCGACGGUCUUUACUCCUUCUGUCAAACCUAUGCCGGAGGUUCCAUUGGAGGAGCAGUUAAGUUAAACUAUGAACAUUGUGACAUUGCAAUAAACUGGGCUGGUGGAUUGCACCAUGCAAAAAAAUGCGAGGCUUCCGGUUUCUGCUAUGUGAAUGACGUAGUUUUGGCUAUUUUGGAGCUCCUUAAGUUUCAUGAGCGCGUUUUAUAUGUGGACAUCGAUAUUCAUCAUGGAGAUGGUGUUGAGGAGGCGUUUUAUGCUACAGACAGGGUCAUGACCGUCUCUUUUCACAAAUUUGGAGAAUAUUUCCCUGGUACUGGGGGCAUAGAAGAUAUUGGAGUUGGAAAGGGGAAAUAUUAUGCUCUUAACGUUCCAUUAGAUGAUGGAAUUGAUGACGAAAGCUAUCAGUCCUUGUUUAAGCCAAUAAUGAGAAAGGUUAUGGAAGUUUAUAGGCCUGGAACCGUUGUCUUACAAUGUGGAGCUGACUCCUUAUCAGGGGAUUGGUUAGGCAGCUUCAAUUUAACCGUUAAAGGUCAUGCAGAGUGUGUUAGAUUCAUGAAAUCUUUUAACGUACCACUUCUUUUGUUGGGUGGAGGUGGCUACACAUUACGUAAUGUUGCUCGUUGCUGGUGCUAUGAGACAGGAGUGGCACUUGGAGUUGAGGUUGAUGAUAAGGUGCCAGAGCACGAAUACAUUGAGUAUUUUGGUCCAGACUACACUCUUCAUGUUGCUCCAAGUAACAUGAAAAAUAAGAACUCUCGUGAAAAGUUGGAUAGAAUAAGAGCAGAGCUCCUUGAUAAUAUCUCGAGACUUCCGCAUGCACCAAGUGUACAGUUCCAAGAACGGCCGCCGGAUACUGAGAUCCCAGAGGCAGAUGAAGAUGAAGAUGAUAAUAAAGAUGAAAGAAAAGAUCCUGGUGAUGAUGUUUAUGUUCACUACAUGAGGUAUAAUUGAUGGGAAAGGUGGAUAAGAUAAAUGUAGGAUUUAGAUAGAUAUUUAGAAGUAAAGUUUGAUUAGAUUAGAUUAGCUUUAAAAUUUUGAUAAGGUUUUAGUUUAUUAGAACUUCUUUUGAUUCUAACUUCUUUGCCUGCCCUAUAUUAAAGGGGUUUAUUCAUUGUA